GUUCCACUUCAUUCCGUGGAGACGAAACUGGUGAUUGGAGAAGGGCGCAGAUUUACGACGCCAAUAUAGUGGCUGGAAAACUGUAUGGAACUGAAUCUGGCAACGCAAAACGCUUCCCUUGGGGUAACACAAGCGACGCGUGCGAAGUCAGUAUCGUUGAACGUCAUGCAGACCACCACUGGGUCCGUUAUGGUAGGACAGGAGGGAUGGCUUGAGGACGGUGCUGCGAUGACUGACAACAAACACGAUUGCCAACUGUCGGUUGUACAAUUCGUCCCUCUCGGCUCUAUCAGUGUUAAACAGUGGUGCUACUUCAAAGUUGGCUAUGUUUAUGCUUGUUUGGAGUACAAUGGAGGACUGGCGAAGCGACAACAAGGCGCAGAACCUCCGAGCCUAUCGGUCACGGCGCUUUUCAUUACCAUGGCGGUGCCCCGAGAGAUCUCUUGGACCCAAUCACAACGCGAAAUGCGCUUACAGAUUCCGUAUGGAAGACUUUUGACACGCCAGUCGACACUGUUUUUUGUGGCAUUGCUCGCUGUAGUACUGCAUGACAGUUUCGUUGCAUUCCAUGGCCAUUUGUGUCAUUUUGCUGAAGCGGCUGCCCAUCAGGGCAGUUGUACUUCCCAAGGGACCUCGUCACCAAUGCAGGUAUGCACGUGCAACGUUCCUGAGCAGGGGGAGACCAGCAACCACGCGGUGGUCGUGAGCGCUGAAAAGAACCAGCUCAUGGCCAAGUGCGCCAUCGGCACAGUUACUCUUCCGGUGGACUUAAUGGAGAAGCAGGUAGUGUGUCCUGCAGGGAUGACGGAUCCCCAAAGCUGUGUCAGUCCUUCGGGGACCAUCCCCUUCGCCAGUCUUUUGUCAGGAGACGGAGCAAGUGCUGUGGCGUGGGUGGGAGACGAGGUGAACUACGCUGCUGUACUACAAGUUCCAAAACAGAAUCUGCCUCCCGUUGACAAGGAAUUCAUUGUCGGAUGUACUCAGGAAGGUAAAGGCCACUGUCUCCUUCAUGUCACACUUUCCGCGCGGGCAUCUUCCAAAGACAGUCAAACCGUUACGUGCGCCUACGGUAGUGCUAGUAAUGCAGACGUUCACAGAGUGACAGUAUCACCAAAAGACCCAACGUUCACUCUUGACUGUAGCUCCGAUGGAAUUAUGCAACCAGCAAGCUUCACUACAAGCUACUGCCCAGCUACCGGUCCACUACAAGAAAACUGUGAUGAAAAGUACGCAAGCAUCUUACAAGGUUACAGUUCCAGUUGGUGGCAGGUUUCCCAAGCAGGAACAAGCAACAAAGCUGUACUCACAAUUCCGCAUGAUAAUUUCCCUGAGGCUCAGAAAAAGGUGCUUGUUGGUUGCAAAGCUAGCACGGCCAUCCCCAAUUCGACUCUCUGUACAGUAGAGCUCACAAUCACGAGCAGUAGUCCCAGUUCUGCGUGGUUUCUUUCCCUGAGUGUGACCAUGACUUUGGCUGUAGCUGGGGCUGUUUCUUCCCUUGUGUAGGUCGCAGCACAGCGACCAUGCGUGAUGGCAAUAUGUGUGAGGAAGCAGUGCCGUGUACAGAAUCAACGGCACCGUCGCUGCGUCAUUCUCAUGGUGUGGCGUUACAAAAACGAUAUUAGAACACAUUCAUGUUUGACGCUCUUCCCAAUACUUGGUUUCUGACAAUUAUGAGCGCUCUUUUCUCUAAGCGGUGGCAGUGCUGGCUUCAACGAACUCGCCCAACGCAUUGCACCACUGUCAUUUGAGCAGCACCAAUGUUGGUGUCUGGAGGCAGAUGUCCUUCAGCAGUGGAGGAUCCUCACCCUGAAAAUGGAUCUCUCGGAAUAUCCACGACAUUUUGUCAGAAGCACUUGCCAAUCGAAAUAUCUCCGUUGGAACUUGGGCUAUCGUAGAGAGACGGAGGCUGCGCUUCCACAAGUGGACAUGGGAACUCUGAGUCCUCAUACCCCCAAAGAUCGAGCUUGUGCUAAAGCCCACUAGUUACAUCCGAUAGCACUUCUUCGGGACAGAUUGAAAAAGCUUGUCGGGUCAUUUUUGUACAAUGACACUGUAGGAAGCAACUCUGAAGAAUCCCGUGGUAGAACGAUAUCUGCACACGAGCACGCAGCGCUUCGUGACUCCAGCCGAACUGCAUCCCGUGUCUAUCCUCGGGUGCGACGGUAACUAUAUGAUAGAAGAGUACACAACGGCUCUGGUUUUAAUGUGUCCGGC